ACAGUCCCACUGUGCAAUCGUCGACAGCUGUUAGCGCACUCUAGCGGAAAAACAGUGAACUACGCAAGCGUCAACACACCAGGUUAGCUCAAUCGGCAUUGUUUACAUACAUUUUCACAUCCAAUUACUUUGUGUGCUGUUGUUCGGUGCGGAGAAUCAUAUUUCCGCCGUUUCUUUUGGUGAAAGUGAACAAAACAAGGGGUGCAGCGGUACGAAACCAAGCCAGUUUCCCGAUUCCGAGGGUGGGCCAUUGUGAUGGCUGCGGGAUGCAGCAAAAAGUUCACCUCCAAGUACGAGGAAGAGCUGUACUACGAUGUGGAGUAUGAGGAGUUUUGCAAAACCUUUGAAUUUUCCAACUCAUCGACCUGUUGGAUCUGCAACGGAUACUACGGACCGAACUACGAGGAACCACUGUGCGGUACGUGCCAUUCGUUCAUCUUCCCCAACCAUCCACAAGACGAAGCCGAAGGGCUGGCGACCGAAGUAUCAGACGAUGAAGAUUCCGGCAAUGAUGAGCCACCGGAAAAUGGGUCGGAAGCAAAGGACCGUUCUGAUGGCGAUCCGGACGACUAUGACCAUUUGGAUAGACCCCGUCCAUCGGCACCACGGAAUGUAAAUCAGUAUCUCGAGAUGCUUUCGCAGCCGCGCGAAACGGACGAAUCGGAGCGACAGAUCUGUGCCCUGCCCGUUGAGGUGCUGCUGUCGAUAUUUUCCUACCUUGACGACCUGUCCCUGUGGAACGCGAGCGAGGUGUGCAAGCAGUGGAAGCGAAUACUGGAGGUGCACAUUCCGCAGCAGAUGUGGAGAAAGUACACCAAGGAACGUUGGCCACUAUUUCAGCAGAUUUCAACCAUUCCGAACUGGCUGCAUAUGUACGGUGCACUGAUGAACUCAUGCUUCUGUCGCACCUGUUUGAUACAGAUGGCGCACAAAGCGCCGAUGCGUGGCCGGGUAAACCAUAUCCGCGCGAACCGGCUACGCAACGACAUUCGGUCGCUCGAUCUCGAUGCGACGGAAGGUAUCGAUGCGGUCGCACUGGACAAUCAGCUGUUUCACUGGCAGGCAUCGAUACUGGGACCGGCCGGCAGUCCGUACGAGGGUGGCAAGUUUUUCCUGUACAUCGUGAUACCCUGCUCGUACCCGAUGCUGCCGCCGCAGGUUCGGUUUCUCACGAAAAUUGUUCACCCGAACGUGUCCCGGCACGGGGACGUUGGAAUUGACAUCAUACAGCACAACUGGUCGCUGGCGCUAACCAUCUCCAAGCUGCUGCUGUCCGUGCAGAGUCUGCUGACGGAUCCAUUUACACAGAUUUGUAUGGAACCGGAGCUGGGCCGGAUGUAUGAGAAUGAUAGACCAAAGUUUGAAGCUCUCGCACGUCGCUGGACGUGGAAGUAUGCCAUGUACGAAGUGUUACCACCGGUGGAGGGUCUCAUAUAGACACGCGGCAAACAACCAGUUCCAAAUGCGCCCCCUCCCAUGUAGACUGGGUGCUGCGUACGGAAUUGCUCCCUGUGUCUAGACUACCACCCAUCACUAGCGAUACCGUUGUACAUUUGUAUACCCAACGCUAACUGUAACUGUAGGUUUAUUUUAAAUAGUCUUUACGUGGCGUGUGCUUUACUGUAAUUUCCUAUUAGUGUUGCUUUCGAUGUGAUCAUUCAGAGGUAUGUUUCUGAACCAAAAGAUAAUAUUGUGCAAGACUUGUGUACGGUGGGUAGUGAUCGUUUUCCCGUUUACCUCACACACAUAUAUCCGUGAAAGGGACAUGCAUGUCCACCCGAGAUCUUUGCCGUACCGAUUUCACAGACUGCUCAAAUCCUUAGCAAGCAUUGUGUUUCCAUUUCAAAUCCAUGACAUAAGGCGUAGCACGUGGGUCCAAGGAUUAGCACAAAGGGAACACAGUAACACGUACGGAAGAUAACUUCGUAGAAAUAAGUAGCGAGCUAUUCCUGAGCUUCAAACGAGCCUAUUUUGAGAUAGGCUCUUGUGUAUUGUGCAGCUGCGGGUUUUUUGGCUGCCAAACGUCAAUAUACGGGAGAAGACGAUCUUCGAGCAAGCCGUACACCGAUGGCCAAACGUAGGACGCGGCUGCUACAGCAUAAACCGUGCGCGUUAGUGUGCGCAUUUUUCGAUAAUAAAUACAAUUUAAUGAGAUGGUUUUGCUCCCCUCCCCUGCAAGUAGGAACUGCGUUGGCCGCUUCGGUA